AUACAUUUAAUUAGUUGGCGACAAUGAAUUACAAGUAGGGACUUUGUUGUUACAAAAUCCAUCGAAAUCUGUCCUUUCAGUUCUUAACGUUGUUACACGAGCACGUGGUUAUAAGUGUGAUUAUUAAAUUCAAGGAAAAAUACAAGCGUAAUCACAAUGCCUCUUGCUAAAGAUUUUCUGCAUCCAAGUCCAGCUGAAGAAAAAAGGAAACACAAGUUGAAGAGACUUGUACAGAAACCAAACAGUUAUUUCAUGGAUGUCAAGUGCCCUGGAUGUUAUGCCAUCAAAACAAUCUUUUCACAUGCACAAAGAUCUGUUGAAUGCGAUGGUUGCCGUACGAUACUUUGUACAUCCACAGGUGGUAAAGCACGAUUGACAGAAGGUUGCUCUUUUAGGAGGAAGGUCCAAUGCUAAUGCAACAAUUGUUAACACAACAUAAUGUACACAUUUCUCUUUAUAUGCAAGAAAUAAACAUAAUUACUAUAUA